UUAAGUGGGGCAGAGUGGUAAAGGGAAGCUGCUCCCACCUGGCAGGGCCGUGUAGGGUCGACAUUAGACCCGGCCAGGUAACUUGAGUGCAUGUUUGUGGUGGCGAGACAGAAGGUGGGACUUCGUGAUGCAAUUUGAGAGCGGCGACAGUGAAGGGCACCUACAACUUGAAUCUGGACUUCAAGGAAGACAAGGAGUGACUUUAGGGCUCCCCUCAAGUUAGGCGAGCUUGAGGGUGGCAGCCAUAUCCGCACCUACGGGCUGCAAGUUGCUACUUUGAUCUUCAACAUCGACGGCGGAUCUGGGGUUGUACUUUGGGGUAUAUGUUGACCCUCCUAGAUGAUACGACACUAGUGUACAGGAUGCUAAUUGGGUUAGGAGGACUAUGUGAGAGGGGGGUGAGUUUCUUUCAUCUCAAGAGCCCGACCACUCAGGUGGAUGCAAGGUCUUCAGCAAGAUCGAUCUCAAGUCUGGCUACCAUCAGAUUGAAGUUGACCCUCCAGACAAGCAUAAAACUGCAUUCAAAACUCGAGAUGGGUUAUCUCAAACUUACAUUCGUAGUAACUACGGAUGCAAGCUUGUAUGGGAUUGGUGCAAUGCUGCAGCAAGAUGAUGACGACGGCUUACGUCCGCUCGAAUUCUACAACAAACGUAUGCCCAGUCACAAGGUAGUUGCCUCCACUUACAUGCGAGAACUCUAUGCCUUGAGAGAGGCACUAGAUCAUUGGAAACACUACCUCUUGGGUCGUCCUUUCAAAGUGUUCUCGGACCAUGAGACUUUGAAAUGGGUCCAGGCACAGAAUAAUCCAUCAACUACAUUGACCCGUUGGUUGCAUGAGAUUGCUUUGUAUGAUUUUGAACUUAAGCACAAGAAAGGUUGUUACAAUCGCGUUGCGGAUGCUUUGUCUCGCCAUCCUGAGUACAUGACUUGCCUUAUGGGUUCCUACGAUCUCCGUAAGAAUUUGAAGGAGGAACUCGUAGAGUAUAUUGCCAAGGACCCGGAACUCAGUCCCAUCCUUGAGCAAAUCCAGUUUGACCCUAGCAACCAGCCUGAUUUCCAUGAGUGCAAAGGAUUACUCUUCCGACGUUACGGGAAGUACGACCGACUGUGUGUGCCCAACCAUGAGCCUAUCCGUACUCACUUCUUGGACUUGGCUCAUGGCUGGAGUGGACACUUCGGUUUUGAAAAGACAUACGAAAGUCUAUUGCAAAAGUUUGUAUGGCCUGGGAUGAAAGAAAUGGCACGAAAGUUUGUGGCUGAGUGUGAAGUUUGUCAACGCAUCAAACCGUCUCGACAAAAGUCAUAUGGGCUGCUGCAUCCUCUUCCUAUUCCUGAUGGCCCGGGUGAGUCUCAUUCCAUCGACUUCACGGACAUGGGAAAGAAGAGCAGGAACGGAUACUCACAAGUAAUGGUGAUCAUUGACUGCUUUUCAAAGUUUCUGAAUUUGAUUCCAUUACCACCUCACGCCCCAACUGACCUUGUGAUCAAGGAGUUUCACAAAAGGUACAUUAUGCAGUGUGGGCCCCCGAAAACUCUUAUGAGUGACCGGGACACUAGGUUCAUAAGUGCAGAUUGGAAGGACUUCACCUACCAGAACUACGACAUCAAACUCAAGAUGACGUCCGACCGACAUCCCGAAGCCAAUGGACUGGUCGAGGAGGUCAACCAGACGGUGAUCCAACUUCUUUGAGCUCUAAUUGUGCCUGAUCAGAACUCUUGGGAUGAGGAAUUGCCGAUUGUGCAAGGACUAUACAACAACUCCAUACACUCCUCCACAGGGAUGACACCUAAUCAGCUGCACCUCGGAUGGCAACUUCGCAAUCCCCAAUCCUAUUUGUUUCCUGAUCCGCCACCUGGCCUAACACCUCGUCAGCCAGGCUACAACGCUAAGUUUGAUCGCUUGCUCAAAGUUCUUGUCGCAGCUAUGGAAAGGCGACGCAAGGCCAUGAUUAAGCAUGCUAACAAAAAGCCCCAACUUGU